GAUUCCUGCAUUGACCGAGGAAUUUCAUCGGGAUUUUCCGACAUUGUCCCCCUUUGUCAGUGGUGCACUGGACGGAGGGUCUGACAAGGACAGCUAUCUAGUCGUUCGAAUGCAUCACAAACAAUAAUGUCGGACGCACAGUCAAGAUUGAAAGAAUUCCACCAGAAAAUAUCUGACGAUUUACAGAGAUCGGUUGACUUCUGGGUUAAAUACUCACAUGAUGAAGAACACGGAGGUUUCUUGAAUUGUGUCGGAGCUGAUGGUAAAGUUUAUGACGAUACAAAAUAUUCCUGGUUUCAAAGCAGACAGGUCUAUACGUAUGCUAGUAUAUUAAGGGCAGCUCCUGAUGUUGUUAAAGAUAAAGCUAAGAUGUUACAGGCAGCCGAGAGUGGGGCCGAAUUUCUGAUGAACAAAGUUAAGAAUAGCGAUACAUCACGAUGUUAUUUUAUGACAACACGAGAUGGACGACCUAUUAAAUACCAGAACUCCAUAUUUACAGAGACAUUUUAUACAAUGGCCAUGUUAGAAUUAUACGAAGUUACUAAAAAGGAGAUUUAUCAGAAAGAAGGUAUAUCCAUGUUAGAUAAGAUAAUUUAUUGGGCACAAGUUGAUGACACUGAGUUAGGAAAUACUCCACUAGCUGGCCAUACACCUUCAUCAUUUCUAGCUGUACCUAUGGUACUUCUUCAUCUCUGUCAGUUACCACUACCAGCUGAGAAGAAGAAAGAACUGAAGAGUGCCGAAGAGAAAUGUGUUCAAGAAAUACUAUCUCAUAUUCAGAGAGAAGGGAGUGUUAUUUUAGAAUAUGUUUCACCUGAUGGCAAAGAAUUAUCAAACAGUUUCGGCAGACAUCUAAAUCCAGGUCAUGCUAUAGAGUGUGGAUGGUUUCUACUUCAAUAUGCCAUAUCAACAGGUGAUACAGAAUUACAGAAAACAGCCAUUGAUAAAUUUAUUGUCAAUCCUUUCAAAGGAGCGUGGGAUGAGAAAUAUGGUGGUUUAUUCCAUAUGCUUGAUGUUGAUGGAUUUUCUCCGACACCGCUGGGAUGGGAUAUGAAGUUAUGGUGGCCACACACGGAAGUUUUAAUUGGUUUUAUGUUGGCCUGGAAGACCACCCAGGAUUCACAAUUCUUAGAUAAAUUUCAGCAAGUUUUUGACUACUGUUAUGACCAUUUUGUGGAUAAAGAAAAUGGCGACUGGUUCGGUUAUUUGAAUAGAAGAGGGGAAGUAACUCAUACCUUUAAAGGCGGUCCAUGGAAAGGAUGUUUUCAUGCUAUACGCUACCAGAUCAUAUGCCGUGGUAUACUACAAGAGGCCAUCUCUAAUCAGUAGUGUUUUACAGAAGCAUACAAGAGUGUUUCGAAUUUUAUAAUCUUCUAUAUUUAUUACAUUUUAGGGGCUUUAUACAAAUGCUCCUUUUUAAUAUCCUGAUUGUAGUAUACUUCAUUUACUUGAAUAUAUAAAUUAAUUUAAAUAGGGUUUUACCGUUUUACUUUUGUACAUCAUCGAAGACGGACAUACACCAUACAGUGUGCUAGGAAUCGAAUUAAACUGUUUACACGCACGAGAACAUAGUUGGGCUUCGGAUUUUCGCCCUGUCCGAACUAUUAGACGCUUAUCUUAUGUGACCCCCCGUCCUUACUCAUAGACAAGGGGAAACCGGGCUGGAAAUUUAUAUAGAGUACAAACCACGUGGCUUAAUUUAAAAUAAAUUGAUCGCAAUUGUUAUUAUACGUAUGAAUAAAAAAUGAA